UCAUUUCCCUCACUUAAGUCGCCCAUUCCUCUCCUGGAGCGUUUAUUGGAACUGCACCAUCAACUAGACUGAGGAAGUUAUGAGAAGUCUUUUUCUUUUACUUAUUUAUGUUUGAGAUCAGUUCUGGUUCAUUCUGCAGAACUUGGGCCAGUCUUAACCAGUCUUGGAUCAGAAACGUUGUGAAGGAGAAAGGAGAAAGUUGGUGCGUACACUGAGAUUUACCCAUUCCGUUUUGUUCUGUAUGCAUGACAGUAGAUCAAGAUGCACACCCCCGUUUUCUCUUUGUAAAUGAAGAAGUUAUGGUAACUUACAGAAUGUUUUUGACAGAAGAAAGAAAACUAUAAAUACCCACAAAUCCUCCGUUUCAGAAUGAAAUUCCUACAGCUACUGUCCAGAAGAUCUGCGGGACUGGAAAUGCUUUUUCAAGCAUAUUUGGGCCAAAACCAAGUCCCAUAUAUGUGCCUGACUACUUCCACUUGCCUUUAUAGUAAGAAGAAAAAAGUGAACGGUUAUGAACACGUCGAUCAAGAAAAGUACAAGAGUUUGGUCUAUUCUGUUACAUCUUUCAAAACCAACACUCGAACACCAGAGACAUUAUUUGAAGAAGAUAAUUUAUUAUAUGGGCCGGCAGAUAAACAUAGACCUCCAGCUAAAAAUGUUGAAACAAAAGCUCCAAAGAACUGUGUUCCGCUCAUAAACCCCAACAAAAGAAUUCUAGACAGUGGCUCUAAUCUUCCCCUGAAAAUUGGCUUGCAGAAAAACAAAAUACCCAGUGUCACCAAUAUUCUUCAACAGACGAUGCCUCCACAGCAAGCCCUUUACCUGGAAAAAUGGAAGCAGAAAAUGAUACUGGACCUUGGGAAAGACGGUUUUGCUGAGUACACCAAGAAUCUUUUUCUCCAAGGGAAUCUCUUUCAUACAACUUUGGAGUCUAUAUUACUGUCUGAGGAGACGCCAGCGAAGGGGCAAGGAGAAGACUCUGCUGUUUCUGGCUACUUAUCGAGUGUACAGCACGUUUUAAAAGAUAUCAGCGAAGUCAAAGCCCUGGAAAGUGCCGUUCAGCAUGAGACUCUGCAGUACCUGGGCCUGGUAGACUGCGUGGCCAAGUAUCGAGGCCAGUUAUGUGUGAUCGACUGGAAGACUUCAGAGAAAUCAAAACCAUCCCUGCAGAACACUUUUGACAACCCCUUGCAGGUUGCAGCAUAUAUUGGAGCCAUAAAUCAUGAUGUCAACUAUGACUUCCAGGUGAGUUGUGGACUCAUUGUGGUUGCCUAUAAGAAUGGCACCCCGGCACAUCCACAUUUCAUGGAUCCAGACCUGUGCUCUCAGUAUUGGAAUAAGUGGCUUCUGCGCCUUGAGGAAUACAAGGAAAAAAACUAAGCCACACAGAAAUGAACGACUUGAGGACAGAGCCGAAGAACUUUGCUCUGAUUUUAUCUUCCAUUUUAAUACAUAGCAUUUU